UAAUUGUUAAGGUCACCAGUGCUGUUGAGUGGAGUAGUUGAUCGCGGCGCGCGCGCAGGCCACUCGUGUAGUAGAAGCGAAUCGCUUUUUCGUGUCGAUAAUCGAAUCAGAGGAAGUCGCUUAGUGUUGCACAGUCCUGGAGGCGCCCGCCACAGCCCGAUGUGCUCGCCCUAACCUCCCUUGGUCCCCGACAAUAAGAUGUGUUUGUUACUAAUUCCUGUCAGAGUGGACAUGUCAUUAUCGAUACAGUAGAACAACUAGUGUGUUAGUUAAGGUGCGCCGUUGUCCUGCUACGAAAUGACUUACUAUUUAUUAUGGAUUUUUCUUCUGAUCUUACAAAAUUUCACGGCGUCAUUUCCGGUAGCAAAUCAAUACGAUUUGGGCGUCAUCGGCGUCGAUCAAGGAUCUAUGAGCAAUUCACCGAAAUUACCAAUUUAUGAUGAUUCACCUGACUCCUCAGACGAGAAGGUUAUUUCAGUAAGAAUAACGUCAUCAGUGGCUGUUGGACGCAGUAGAGGGAAAUCACUGCACAGGCCUACUGAUGCAAUGACAGAUCGAGAAAAAAAUGAUGCAUCCAAAGUAUUUCCAAUAGAUGUACAACAUUCAACUAUAAUGCCUAAAGCUGAAGAAAUGGCCUUAACCAGAUCAACUGAAGUCCCGCCAAAUUUAAUAGGAGCUAAUAUAGAAUAUAUUAAACAAUUAAAUGCUAAGAAAGAAUCAAGAGACCACAGUGCAGACCCAGUGCACCCAUUCGAAUUGAUGGUUAAAGGCCAUCAUAAUGAAGACGAAAUAUCGGCAAGAAUAGAUAAAUUUGAUGAAAAAAUUCCGGACGUACCUCUUGCCAGGAAAGUUCCAUCGACAGCCGAUGCUAACAAAUUUCAAGAACAAAAAUCAAUUGACAGAUUUCAGUAUCCAGAAAAGAAUCCUUCGGAUUUAGUUUAUUUUCAAAACCGUCAAAAUAAUAUGACGGAUGAAAUGUUACAUCCAAAAACAAAGCUCCGAUUGGAAGAUAAUAGUCAGGAUGCACGUAAUACAACUUCAUCAAACCUAGAAAGCGAUACUAAAGGCAAUAGAGAUCUUGAAGAACUAAUGCGUAUUGGCGGGUUUCCUUCUAAAAACUACCACACGGACGACUCUGUAGCCGAACCCUCUAUAAAGUCAAUUGAAUUUGCGAAAUAUAACGAAGAGAUCGAAAAUCAUUCACCGACCGCAACGAUGCUACCAGUGCGACCUCCUAAUAACGUUCAAGGUCUGAACAAUAGACCCCAGAAUGACAGACGAAAUAAUCAGAGAUUGACCACUGUAAGUUUUAAUAUAGUACAUGAUACUUCGAAACCCCCUAAUACUGCUAAUGAACCUAGUUCGUCGUACGCAUCGAGCCGAUUAAUACCCGAGCCUAAGCAGUUUUACGAUUCUCCUAAAAUCUAUAGUCAACCAGCUCAAGUGUAUAGUGAACCAGCCAAAUUUUAUAGUGAACCGGCCAAAAUUUACAGUGAGCCAGCUAAAAUCUACAGCGAACCGGCCAAAGUGUACAGUGAACCAGCAAAAGUUUAUAGUGAACCAUCCAAGUUUUACAGUGAACCUGCUUCUUUACACCUUGAACAAAAUCUUCCUUCCAGUAUUGCUCCGAACUACUCGCCGUGGCAAACACCUCAGCGCCCAUUCGGAAGCAACACUAUAAACACGACUCCCAUAAGCACUGUGACUAAUACAUUUCAGCAAGGUACCACAGUUGAGCAUCAGCCUGAGAAGAAUUAUGAAGUAGACGAAAAAAUUAGUGUUCUGACCGAUGGUCGGAGUCAUGGCGUUCAACCUGAUACAACCACUGAAAAGUGCAAACAGGACACCUGCAAAGUGGGCUAUGUUCUGGAGGGUCGUCAGUUCAAGAAGUACAGGGUGGAAGAGAGAACCCCGGACGGCUUCAUCGUGGGAGAAUACGGCGUGGUGCGCAACGAGGACGGCGCGUUGCGCGGCGUGCGCUACACGGCGGACGGCGACGCCAGCCCGCGCCUCAUCCACGACGCGCUCAUGAAGUUCCUACAGCUCACAUAGAUAAUACUCACUCCUCUGGUCUUAUUCUAAAAUAAAGGCACACGUAACUUACUUGCUCAUUUAAUUAAGUACUUACAUCAAAUGUCAUAACUAUACGAAUAACCAACAAUAAAGUACAUUUUAACAGUUUACUAUGUAUUAUAAAGACUGAAUGAUUAAAUAUAAUGCAAAUCCAUAUAUUCCUCAUUAGUACCUUUAACUUGUUAAAUAGACUGCAAUCAGACGUUCCCAUGUUUAAAUAAAUUAAAUUAACUACAUAAUAUGUAUUCCUCGCUGUCCUAGCACUCAUAUUUGGUCAAAUAGAUAAUGUUCUUGUAUUUCAAUUAACUGAAUGAUAAAGUAUUGUACUUCAAAGGCAUAGACUAUCUAUUAAAUACAGUGUGUUACCUUCAUCAGUCAAUUGACUUUACUUACGUGCGAGUACUUUAACUAAGGCAUAUAGUUAAUACACCACAAUCUUGUUACAAAAAAUAAAUUAAAGGGAAAGGAAAUCGUCGUUGUUAUCUCAGUAUGUACUUAUACGAUUCUGGUGCCAUUUUUCACUGUACACGAAAUCCUUAAUACAUAUAGCCUCACUGUCAUUAAUAUGUUAACUUAAUCGAUAUUUUAUUGUAAAUAAAUAGGUAAGCGUACCAUUAUGAGAUAAAUCUAGAUGAACAUGCA